AUUUCCCAUCUUCCAAAAUCUCUCUCUCUCCCCCCCUCCCCGUCUCUCCCCCUGUGUAUGUACGCGUGUGCAUCCUUAUUUCCUUCUUUAACUCGUCUCUGAUCAAACUUGAAAUAAUCCAAUGAACUCCCACGUUUCAAAGUCCAAACUUUCUACUUCAUUAUUGCUCUCUGUAUCAUCAAGCUGUACCAGCAGCGAAACUGAAGAAACCAGUCCCUUUUCUCUGCAACACACGAAGCUUCAACUACCCUUCACACCUAUUUCUAAAUCCUUCUCUUAUCGCCCAUUGGCCAUUCUUUCUGGACAUAUUGCCUCUGUUUCUUGUUUAUCACUAUGUGGGGACUACAUUCUGAGUGCCUCUCAGAGCAAGGACAUCAUCGUAUGGCAAAACCCAGAUUUCAAGUUUCUCAACAAGUUCGGACAUGGAGAUGGGUCGGUUAAAUCCCUCGUCACGGCCGGAAAUAAGAUCUUCUCGGCUCAUCAAGAUGGCAAAAUCAGAGUAUGGAAGGUUUCUAAGAGCUCAGAGAAUGUGUUCAAGCUUGUGGAAACUCUCCCGACAACGAAGGAUUAUUUGGGGAAAUUCAUGAAGCAGAGUAACUACGUCCAAACAAGAAGACACCACAAGCGACUGUGGAUUGAGCAUUCAGAUAGUAUCUCCUGCUUGACGGUAUGUAAUGGUUUGAUCUAUUCUGGCUCAUGGGACAAGACGCUCAAGGUGUGGAAGUUAUCAAGCUUCAAGUGUUUGGAAUCCAUUAAAGCUCAUGAUGAUGCCAUUAAUGGCUUAGGAGCAUGUAAAGGGGUUGUGUAUUCUGCAUCUGCAGAUGGAAAAAUCAAAGCUUGGGGAAGAAAAGAGGGGAAUAAGAUGAAGAACAAGAAGAAGAAGAUCUCACAUUGUUUAAAAGGGGUUUUAAAGGGUCGUCAAGAUUCAACCUUUAAUUGUGUGGUUGUUUCUCCAGAUGGGAAAUGUAUAUAUGGAGGGGAUUCUAAUGGUUUUAUAAUUGAAUGGGAGAAAAUUGAGGAUUUCAUCACUCAAACCAACUUCGAUCCGAGGAACCACUGCCUUAACCAAUUCAAUGAAUCAUGGAAGCUUGUAAGCACAACAAGAGCACAUGAAAUGGCUGUUUUGUGCAUGUGUUUAAGGGGGAAGAUUAUGUUAAGUGGAUCUUCAGAUAAGAAUAUAAGAAUUUGGAAGAGAGAGGGAUCUAAUGGCGGGCUUUGUAAAAUUGGGGUAAUAAGUGGACAUAAAGGGCCAGUGAAGUGUUUGGAGGCAUCUAGCAGAAAUACAAGUGACGGUGGUUUUUUCCUUUAUAGUGGAAGCAUGGACAAAAGCUUGAGAGUUUGGUGGGUUCCCAUGAAUAUUAAUGAGGAAGAUACAGAAGAAAAUUCUAGUGCUAUUGCAUCAAGGCCUGUGAAUCAAUCCAUCAUUUCCUGUUCAUAAGUUGAUACCAAGAAGAUAGAAGAUCUGAUUUUUUUAAGGAAAAAUUACUUCUUUAGUCCUUAAUACUUUAAUCUGAUUUUUAAUUAUGUUUUUGUAGUUUUUUCUAAUUAAGUCUUUACAAUUUCAUCAAUUGUAGGCAUUAGUCCAUAUAUUCAUAUUACGUUAGUUAGAACUGAUAUGAAUGAAAGUUGAGUGCGAGUCUCAUCGUCUG